UUCACCUGAUCGCCUCCUAAAUCCUCGGUCCCAGACACCAACGUCGGAAACAGGAACGGAUCGGAAGCUAGCGAUGGUAAGACAUGAUUCGGCGAGUGGCUUGCGUUUUGCGGCCGUCUCGUUGAUCCUGUGCACCGCCAACGUCUGUACGGGGGCCGGACUCUCCUCUUACGCGCUCCUGCUCGACGACGACGAGGACGACGGAGGAGGCGGCGACGGCUCGUCUUCCUUCUCCUUCACUCCGCAGAUGCAACCGCGCGGGCUGGUGUUCGGGUUCUACGACGAGACGUGCCCCGACGCCGAGGCGAUCGUGGCCUCCACCGUGCGGGAGCUCUACCUCGCGGACCCCAACGCCGCCGCCGCGUUCGUCCGGCUCUUCUUCCACGAUUGCUUCAUCCACGGGUGCGACGCCUCGGUGCUCCUGGACCGCAUCAACGGAGAGAAGUCGGAGAGGGACGCCGCCCCGAACCAAUCGCUGAGAGGCUUCGGCGCCGUCGAGAAGGUCAAGGCGAGGCUGGAGGCGGCGUGCCCGAAGACCGUCUCCUGCGCCGACAUCCUGGCCCUCGCCGCGCGGGACAGCCUCGUCCUGGUGGGCGGUCCCAGCUAUCCCGUGCUCACCGGACGCCUCGACAGCGCAAGGGGCUUCUACGACGAGGUAGGCGCGCGCAUCCCGUCGCCGAACGCCACCUACGCCGUGACGCUCGACGCGUUCGCCCGCCGCGGGUUCACCGAGCGCGAGACCGUCGCGCUCUUAGGAGCACACAGCAUCGGGAAGGUGCAGUGCAGAUUCUUCAAGGACAGGAUCUACAGCUUCGCCGGGACAGGCGAGCCUGAUGACUCCAUCGACGCCGACAUGGUCGAAGAGAUGCGCGCGGUGUGCGGCGGCGACGGCGACGGCGCGGCGCCGAUGGAGAUGGGGUACUACAGGCAGGGGCGAGAGGUGGGUUUCGGCGCGCACUACUACGCGAAGCUUCUCGGGGGACGGGGCAUCCUGCGGUCGGACCAGCAGCUCACGGCGGGGAGCACCGUGCGGUGGGUGCGCGUGUACGCGUCCGGGGCGCACGGCGAGGAGAUGUUCCGCGAGGACUUCUCGCGUGCGAUGGUUAAGCUUGCCGCGCUUGAGCCGCUCUCCGGGUCGCCUGGCCUCGUCCGGGUCCGCUGCUCGAAACCCGAAGGGUAGUUCGGACUUGCCGUGCAUUGGCCAUGAAAAUAGAGUUGAUAAAUCAACCUCACUCUGGUUCAGAAAAAGCACACACAUGAGUUAGAGUAUGGAGCAACCCGUCUAUUCCAUGUUGUCAUUUUGUAUACUCCAUGUUUGAAUGUAUGUAAUCAAUUUUAUAGAGAAAAAUGCAUCAAUACUUCAUCAAAUUUAGCGAAGUUAC